GCAUCGUAACCGGGAAGCUGAGUGACUUGGUAGCAGAGCAUCUCGACCAUCUCCACUACCUGAACGAUAUCCUGACUAUCAACUGUGAGUUCCUGAACGAUGUCCUGACAGACCACCUGCUCAACCGUCUGUUCCUGCCUCUCUCGUCUUCUCUCUGGUCUGCCCUGAACAGUCUGAAGAUCGUAAGAUCAACCCUCAGGUGUCCCUUAACCUACUGUCACAGGUGUUUCUCAUCAUCCACUACCAGCCGCUGGUCAACUCUCUGGCUGAAGUCAUCUUCAACGGAGACCUGUCUGUCUUCACACAGCACAAACCACAGUCAGCGCAGGCGUCCGUCGCUCACCAAGCCUCCUGAGUCUCUGGAGCGGUCUCUGGAGCUGUCCUGCACCAAAGGGGCGCAAGCGAGCCCAGAAACGCCCCAACUAUAA